CAAACUCAAUGCAAUGAUGCCGGUGUGUUCACUUUGCUCCAGGAUUCUCCCGUGAGUUGUUUGAGGUGCGCACUUAAAGGGUUCUGGCUCGACAAGGCUUCAUCUGAGAGAGUCGUAAUGCGCAAUGACCCGCUACAAGCUUUCCUUCAGGAUCGGACGCCCAACUCCACCCCAGAAUCCAUUAAAGGAUCCCCCUUGAUGUUGCUGGAAGACACCUGUAAUCGCAUCGGCCGUUCCCGUGCAUCCAGCACCAUGGAGCACCACCAGCACGUCUCACACGAUGGCUCUCCACCAAAGCUCUUCCAUCCCUGGAGAAGUGAUGCAACUUUCUCACAGCACCUCCAGACCCACUUAAAUCCACACCACGAAAUGCCACUCACACCCCCGGCGGAACACUACGAGUUCUCGCCCCUAAAGAUGUUACCUUGCGCGUCAGCUUGCGCCGCGUCUUACGUACCCACGCACACCGGGCUUUUGGACCAAUGGUGGAGCGCCAAUCACUCCUCUACACAUCAGUUUGAAAUCCCCCGCGGGUGGGUUCUGGGCCACCCCGAGCUCGGCCAGUACCAGGCUCAAAUCGCCACCCUGUUGCACUCCAAGUCUCGCAGGUGCCGGAGGUGCGCGUGCCCCAACUGCCAGAAGAGCAGCGACGCGCCGGGGAAGAGGAAGCAGCACGUGUGCCACGUGCCGGGCUGCGGGAAGGUGUACGGCAAGACGUCGCACCUGAAGGCGCACCUGAGGUGGCACGCGGGCGAGCGGCCGUUCGUCUGCAGCUGGAUGUUCUGCGGGAAGAGCUUCACGCGCUCGGACGAGCUCCAGCGGCACCUGCGCACGCACACCGGCGAGAAGCGCUUCACCUGCCCGGACUGCGCCAAGCGCUUCACGCGCAGCGACCAUCUGGCCAAACACCUGAAGACGCACCUGAUGCGCAAGAGCAGACCGCUGUUCCCCGUGCUGGAUCAAAAAACUCUUCAGCAGAAGUCUUAG